UUAGAAGAUGUUGAGGAAACACGACGUUCUCAUUUGGCUCCAUCGCAAUUCAUCUUGACUGCGGGAAAGGUUCAAAACGCGGAGCGCAAGUUCAGUUGAUCGAGCGCCUUACCCUCAUCAAUAACAUUUCAUACCAGGUUCUUCGAAUAGGAAACCUAACAUUUUGGAUGUAGGGAAACUUAGCAAGUGGUCGAAUUAACAUUCAAAUAUGUUCAGAAUUGCUGUACUACUGGUGCCAUUAGUGCUUCUCGAGCUCGUUUCCCGAGGAUCAGCGUUAAGUUUGAACGAUCCGUGCAAGAAUCCUGACGAUCAGCCCGGCCGCUGCAUAUUUCUUCGUGAGUGUCCAGCCUUACUAAACAUUUAUAACAAACAAGUGCUCACACCAGACGAGAGUAGUUUUAUCCUGAGUAGCCGAUGUGGUAAAUCUGGGACCAAAUCGUUGGUUUGCUGCGCUGGGGCUGAUGUAGCCAUCUCUAGCUCCUCCUCUAAGUUUCUCAAGUCUCCUCAUUGUGGACUUGAUUUAUCGGACCGUAUCGUGGGGGGUCAACCAACCAAUUUGGACGAGUUCCCCUGGACCGCUUUGAUUCAGUACAGCAAGCCAGACGGAAGGACGGGAUUUCACUGUGGCGCAUCAUUGAUCAAUUCACGUUAUGUGCUAACUGCAGCUCAUUGUAUCAAAGCGAUCCCCAAAGGAUGGGAAGUACUCGGUAUUCGUCUCGGGGAGUACGACCUCUUUAAUGAUGGGAAAGACUGUAUUGAUGGUGUAUGUGCCGAUGUUCCGGUGGACGUAGCCAUUGAGCAAAUAAUUGUUCACGAAGAAUACAAUCUCAGGACUCCUGGCCAGUACAAUGAUAUAGCCCUAAUUCGGUUGGCUCGCAACGUUUCGUUUUCGACAUAUAUAAAGCCCAUUUGUUUGCCAGUGGAUUCCGCUGAACGAUUUCGUGACAUUGUCGGAACUGUAGCCUCUGCUGCUGGAUGGGGCAGAACAGAAACAGGAAGAGGAAGUUCGAUCAAGCUAAAAGUAAGUUUGGAGAUCAGUGAUCCGGUUCGAUGCGCUAAAGCCUACGUACCAUCACAUAUAAUUCUAAGAGACACGCAGCUUUGUGCAGGUGGCCUUCGCGGUAAAGAUACCUGUAGCGGAGACUCCGGAGGUCCUCUAAUGAAACGUAUCAAGUCUACCCAUUUCCUGUAUGGAAUCGUUAGCUUCGGACCCAAUAAAUGCGGUACCAACAAAGUACCAGGAGUAUAUACCAAUGUUGUAAAAUAUAUCGAAUGGAUUGAAAAUAAUCUGCAGUAGAAUAGGUUAUGUUAUAUCAUUAUGUUAUAUCAAACAUGAAAUAGAAGCACUUUUUCUACUGAAUCUACUUCCAAAUGGCAACGCAAUGCAACUAUGAGCCGUGUUUAUGAAUAGGUAAAAGUCCUCUUUGAGUAGAACAAUGCAAAUGGUCAUUCUCGGAUAGGCAUAGAAAUCAUAUUAUCUUUUCGAAAAAUGUUGCUCUAUAGAUAAUGAAACAUUCACAAUAAGAUAUUACUUGGGGCUUCA